AUGAGGUUGUCCGGCUUAUUUGUGAAAGACGUGAAGGAAGGUGAAGGCCAGGUGCUUGUCGUUAAAGCUGCUGGCGUGACAGGGAUGCGCGUCACCAAGUCCCAGGCACUAGGGACCCAGGGCGCCGUGUGCAGAGUCCGCACCAAAGCCGAAGGCCCGUCGGGGGCAGACACCCCCCUGGAGCUGGUGUUCCACUUACCGCCGCCCCUCCUCGCCGCGCCGGGGUCGGGAGCUGGCCCCAGCACGUGCCCUGCGGUGAGCGCCACGGAGGCCGAGGGGCCGUGGAUGACCCUCCUGCACUUGGACCACAUGAGAGCGAAGGCCAGAUACGUGCGGACCGUGCGGCAGUGGGCCGCCGCCCUGGGGCUGACGGGGAGGCUUAUGUUCAUGGGCAGAGUCAUCCUGCUCCUACUGCAAGGGCACAGGGACCGCGUCAAGGAGUACCUGGUGCUUCAGAAAACCUCCAGGGUCGACGUGGACUCGAGUGGGAAGAGGUGCCGAGAGAGGAUGGCCAGCGUGCUGUGGGAGGCCAGGGCGCCACCAGGACACUCCAGGUUCCUGGCAUUUGAAGUCAAAGAGUUUUCAUCGCUGGACGAGCUGCGGAAGGAGUUUGAAACCGCGGGACUGGAGGCCCUGUUCCCCGAGUGCGCCCUCGGGCUGGUGAAGUGAAACGGGAGACGGUUUUUGUUGUUGUUAAACAGCUGCGUUUGUUCAUUUCUGUUAUUGGGUUUGCAUGGGGUUUGGGGGUGGACAACUGGAAGAACUCAUAAAGGAAUGAUUUUAAAGUGUCUGUGAGGCAAAAUGGGAGAUACCAUCCUAUCUUCAGGAACAAAAGCCGAUUCUGUUUGUGGAAUAUUACACAGUAAGCACACCAGGCUGUUUUUUUUUUUUUUUUU